AAGAAACAGGAGAGGGGAGAGACAGGCAGCGAGUGGCAGAGAGGGAGAGUGAGGGCGAGGGAGUAAGAGAGGAGAGAGGGAGAGAGAGGCAGAGGGAGACUGGCGGGGUGUAGGGGAGAACACCAUGGCUUCAGAUCCAGGGCUGGCUGCGAUGCUGCUAUGGACUAUAUCACUACAGGCUCUGGGCACGGGGGGAACGAACAGCAAUGAAGUGAAUCUACUGGACACCACGACCAUCACAGGAGACUGGGGCUGGCUAACGUAUCCCUCGCACGGGUGGGAUGCCAUUAAUGAGAUGGACGAGUACUUCAGUCCCAUCCACACGUACCAGGUCUGUAACGUGAUGAGUCCAAGCCAGAACAACUGGCUGAGGACGAUCUGGAUCCCCCGAGAGGGAGCCAGGAGGAUCUACAUUGAGGUCAAGUUCACUCUGAGAGACUGCAACAGCAUGCCUGGAGUCCUGGGCACCUGCAAGGAAACCUUCAACCUGUACUACUACGAGUCUGACAGAGCGGUGGGCUCGGCCAUACGGGAGAAUCAGUUCAUUAAGAUCGACACCAUCGCUGCUGAUGAGAGCUUCACAGGCGUGGACCUGGGAGUCCGCAGGCUAAAACUCAACACUGAGGUGCGGGGCGUGGGCCCUCUGAACAGACGAGGCUUCUACCUGGCCUUCCAGGACAUCGGCGCCUGUAUCGCCCUCACGUCGGUGCGGGUGUACUACAAGCGCUGCGUGGGUGUGAGCCGCAACCUGGCCGUGUUCACCGACGUGGUGACGGGUGCCGACUCGUCCUCCCUGGUGGAGGUCAGGGGUCAGUGUGUGGACCAUGCAGAGGAAAGGGACACCCCCAAGAUGUACUGCAGCGCUGAAGGAGAAUGGCUGGUGCCCAUCGGGAGGUGCGUGUGCUCCGCUGGAUUCGAAGAGCAUAGAGACUCGUGUGUGGCCUGUGAGGUGGGUUUCUAUAAGCCGGUGGCAGGUGAUGGCCUGUGUGGUAAAUGUCCCCAGCACAGCCACUCGGAGACCAGAGCCGCUCUCUCCUGCCCCUGCGACUCCAAUUACUAUCGCGCCGCAGAUGACCCACCCGCAGCUCCAUGCUCCCGCCCUCCAUCUGCUCCAGUAAACGUCAUUUCCUCGGUCAAUGGGACAUCUGUGAACUUAGAAUGGGAUCGCCCUCUCGAUACUGGAGGUCGCAGCGACCUUCUGUAUAGCGUGUUGUGUAAGAAAUGCUCUGGGGAAGGAGGGCCCUGCGAGGACUGCACAUCCUCUCCGGGAGGCACUGGUGGAGGGAAAGCAGGGGGAGGAGCGAGUAUUGGGGCAGGGGGAGGAGCUUUGGUGGAGCGUUCGGGCACUGCAGUGGUCCGGUUCGUCCCUCGGCAGAAUGGCUUGACGGAGCCUUGGGUGACGGUGCUCAACCUGGUGGCUCACACCAACUACUCCUUCCGUAUCCUGGCCAUGAAUGCAGUGACGCACCUGAGCAACGAGCCAUCACUGUAUGCCCUGGCCAACAUCACAACAAACCAGGCAGCCCCCUCUGAAGUAUUAGCCAUUCGCCAGGAGAACACCAGUCAGAACAGUGUGAUUCUGCUUUGGCAUGAGCCCGACCAGCCCAACGGAGUAAUUCUGGAGUACGACAUCAAAUAUUAUGAGAAGGAUAAUGAAGAGCAGAGCUACUCCACACUGAAGUCUAAAAAUACCAGUGCCCGAGUGUCAGGGCUGAAGCCGGGCACCAAAUACAUCUUCCAGGUCCGAGCUAGGACGUCUGCAGGGUGCGGACACUUCAGCCAGAAUGUGGAGAUUCAGACCGGGAAAGCAGCUCCUCUGCGCUACAACACCAUGACCAUCAUAUGGAUCUGCAUGGCCCUGGUGUCCAGCCUGGUGACGUUUCUGGCCAUCAUCAUCUGCAGGAAACGGCAAGGCUACACUUUACCACACUACCCAUCGCUGCUACACUGUGGCUACAGCAAAGCCUUCCAGGACUCUGACGAGGAGAAGAUGCAUUACCAGAACGGCCAUGUGUCAUUCCCCGACGCGAGGUUCUAUAUCGACCCGCACACAUACGAGGACCCCUGCCAGGCGGUCCACGAGUUUGCCCGAGAAAUUGAAGCUUCCAGGAUCAAAAUAGAGAAAAUCAUUGGUUCAGGGGAAUUCGGAGAGGUGUGUUACGGUCGUAUGAGGCUCCCGGGGAAAAGAGACAUCCCAGUGGCCCUGAAGACCCUGAAGGCAGGAUACACAGAGAAGCAGAAGAGGGACUUCCUGGCUGAGGCGUCCAUCAUGGCCCAGUUCGACCACCCCAACGUCAUCCGCCUGGAGGGAGUAGUAACCCAGAGCAAACCGGUGAUGAUCAUCACAGAGUAUAUGGAGAACGGCUCUCUGGACUCCUUCCUCAGGAGACACGAUGGCCAGUUCACCAUCAUCCAGCUGGUGGGGUUGCUGCGCGGCAUCGCGGCCGGUAUGACCUACUUGUCUGACCUGGGCUACAUUCACAGAGACCUGGCUGCCCGCAACAUCCUGGUCAACAGCAACCUGGUGUGUAAGGUGUCUGACUUCGGCCUAUCCCGAGUACUGGAGGACGACCCUGAUGCUGCAUACACCACCAGUGGUGGAAAGAUCCCAAUCCGCUGGACGGCCCCGGAGGCAAUCGCCUACAGGAAGUUCUCCUCCUCCAGUGACGUCUGGAGCUACGGCGUGGUCAUGUGGGAGGUGAUGUCUUACGGGGAGCGACCAUACUGGAACCUCACCAACAGAGACGUGAUCAAAUCUGUGGAGGAGGGCUACAGGCUGCCUGCUCCCAUGGGCUGCCCUGCUGCUCUGCACACACUCAUGCUGGACUGCUGGCAGAAGGAACGCAACGAGAGGCCGCGCUUUUGCCAGAUAGUCACCGUUCUCGACAAGCUAAUCCGCAACCCGGAGAACCUGAAGUCCAUGGACAUGCUCUGCAGUUUAAGCAGUCCGCCGCUGAUGGAGAGAGCUAUUCCAGACUUCAGUAGCUGUCACUCAGUAGAUGAGUGGCUGGACACCAUAAAGAUGGGCCGCUACAAGGAGCGCUUUGCAGCAGGGGGGUACCACACUCUGGGACACGUCAUAAGCAUGAACCAAGGAGACAUCCAGAGGCUCGGGGUGACGCUGAUGGGCCACCAGAAGAAGAUCAUGACCAGCGUCCAGCUGAUGAGGGUGCAAGUCCUCAACAAGAGUGUGCCUUCGGUGCACGUAUAACUGCCACCUCUGCGGUUUUCUUCCUGCUGAAGUCUACAAACCCAGGCUUCUAUAGGGUCUAGAGGGACUCCAUGGGGAACCAGAUGAAAGAUAGAUAAAAGGGAGAGGAAGAUGUUUGGGAACUGUACAAGACUUUUUUUUCCUCGAGAGACUGAAGAACGAAACGUGAAAAGGAUUUUAACCACAGAGCAAGUAAACAUGACUUCUUAAGGACAUGUCCGACCUUUUCAUUUUGUUUUUCUUAUCCGAUCACAUUUUCUGAGUUUAUUGUCUUGUUUGUUAAUGGAAAGACUGCCUUAACUACCACAAGUUUUCAUUUUGUUGCCUACAAAGAGAAGAUAAUUUAUCAAUCAUGAAUUUAUGAGAGUAAAAUGAUUUAUGGAACCGGGCAAUAGCAAGAGUACGUGGCGUGACGUGUCUGGUGGGGAUGGGGAAGGGGUUGGGGGUACGGUGGGUGUUUUCAAAUGUUCUGGUCACACUCGUCACCUCUCCGACAGCAAACAGCUUGAGAAUGGAGUAAAGUGAGAUAGGGCUCACCCGAGUUGCCAGAUCGUCUCCGCAGUGGAGAAGACCAAUAUCACCCCAGGCUUUUAAUACCAUCAACAGGCACAUUUCUCCACGGUUCAGCCUUGAUGAAUGACCCCAAGAGAGCCCUGGAGCCCUCUGCCCAGUUUGACGCUGCGCAGCGCACAACUACAGUACUAGGAAAGAUGUGUGUGAUUCAGUUACAGUGCACUUUAUUCUACAAUCUCGUUGUGUUGUAGAGGCUUUGUAGUUGUGUGACAAACGUCCUUGCAGCCACAACUGGAGCCACGAUGUUGGUCUGUUAAAGAAUUAGCUAUUUUAAAAUGUUUAAUAAAUAACUAUAUGAGAUAAAACUCAAAAAGAAGAUAUAUCUAAAAGGAAUAGUAUUAUUAGCUCGCUCUUCUCGUUUGUGUCCAAAUUUCUUUCACUGUAACAGUGAACUAAAGGGAACAUUUAUUUGAUUUAAAAAGGAAUACUUAUUAUAUUAUUAUAAUAUAUAGUAAUUAAAAAUAAAAAUAAUUUUGGCCAUUGCAAACAAUGUUAUAAAUAAUGCAUAUGAUGCAUUUUCAGUAGGCUUAUGUUUGAUGAUUUCUCAUUUCAUUUAUACACUGUCUUAUUUCAGAUUUAUUGCAACUACACUGCUAUUUAAAAUGUGUUUUGAAUCAGGUUUCAAAGUAAACACUGUAUAUUUUAUGCAUAUGCAUUUCAAAUAUUGCAAACCUGUUUCAGCCAUGACUGUUGAAUAUGUAUUCUUGACCUUGGAAAGAGCAGCUCUACACUACAGGAUCACGUCUUAGCACUACUGUUUAC